CCCGGAAAUUGUCAUCGCUUGCGGAGCAGUCUUCCCGCGAAGAUUGAGACCGCACUGCGUUGAAUUUCUGCCUUUUCGAGUUGUUUACAGUCCCAUCAUCAUCAUGAGCAAGAGGAAAGGGAAAGAUGCUCACAUGCCAGUGGGAGAAUGCAUCACACAGCUUCAGAAGGUUUUAAGGGAGCGGUUUUGCUGUCAGAAGCUUCCUGAACAACCAGAGGCAGUGGAGGCUCAACAAAAGCACCUUCUGGAGCUGCUAAAGCGGACGGCCGUCCACGGGGAGAGUAACUCAGUGCUAAUCGUCGGGCCCAGGGGAGCAGGAAAAACAAUGCUGCUGAAGUGUGUGCUGAGAGAUCUGCUGGAGGAAAAAGAGGUGCAGAAAAACCUGCUGCAGGUUCAUCUUAACGGUCUCCUGCAGACAGACGACAGAAUAGCACUAAAAGAAAUAACCCGACAGCUCAACCUUGAAAAUGUUGUUGGUGACAAAGUCUUUGGCAGCUUUGCUGAGAAUCUUGCUUUCUUGCUGGAGGCAUUAAAAAAAGGUGAUCGCAGCAGCAGCCGCCCUGUGUUGUUCGUCCUGGAUGAGUUCGACCUCUUCGCCCACCACAAGAACCAGACUCUUCUCUACAACCUCUUUGACGUCUCUCAGUCGGCCCAGGCUCCCAUCGCUGUCGUCGGUGUCACCUGCAGGCUGGAUGUUCUGGAGCUGUUGGAGAAGCGGGUGAAGUCCCGGUUCUCCCACCGUCAGAUCCACCUGCUCAGCAGUCUCACUCUCCCUCAGUACGUGGAGCGAGUUCAGACCCAGCUCAGCCUGCCGGGCGACUUUCCCGACGAGAAGUUUGCUGAGGACUGGAACGCCAGCGUAAAGACUUUGUGUGAAGACAAAUCAGUGGAAGAAGUUUUCCAGAGACACUUCAACUCCAGUAAAGACUACCGCUCCAUGCACAUGCUGCUGUUGUUGUGCCUGAGUCGAGUGUCUGUUUCCAAACCCACCAUCAAACCUGCAGACGUGCUAGAAGCCAGCAGAAUAUGCUUUACUGACGCCAAGGCGAACAUGCUUCACGGUUUGUCCAUCUUAGAGCUGUGCCUCAUCAUCGCCAUGAAACACCUCAACGACGUGUACGAGGGAGAGCCGUUCAACCUGCAGAUGGUCCACAACGAGUUUAAAAAGUUCCUGCACAGAAAGACGAGCUCCAUGUACAACUUUGAGCAGCCAGUCAUCAUGAAGGCCUUUGAGCACCUGCAGCAGCUUGAGCUGAUCCGACCUGUCGACGGCUCCUCGGCCAAAGUUCAGAGGGAGUACCAGCUGAUGAGACUCAUGCUGGACCACAGUCAGAUCAUGGAGGCCCUGCAGAAGUACCCACAGUGCCCCACUGAUGUCAAGCAGUGGGCCAUGUCGGCGUUUGGUUAGGACUCUGCAUGCAAAAAUGACACUCCUCAAUCUGGGUUUUUCUUGCACACAAAGACAGAUGAUGUAGUGAAAACUUCCACUACAGCUCUGGAUUAUGUAUCAGUCUGCAGUUUUAUUCCUACACCGGUGGUGCAUUUGUGUCCUCACAGGAUUUUAAGAUGUUUUCCUAGAGAUGAAAUGAAAUAAAAAUAAAUUUUGUACAACCAGGGUCACAUUUUUGAUGCAGAGAGAUAAUGAAAAAAGUAGUGCUCUAUACGUUUUUGAGGAAAUCUUUGCUUUCACUUUCGAUUUAUUCAGCAGUGAUACUGUGUGUAGAUAUUCAAGUAAAAUCUUUCUAUGAAGUGGAUAAAAAUGACUGGAUUUCCUGUUUGAAUACCAUUUAAAAACAUCCAAAUUUGA